AUGAAUGGAUCGACAGUGUGUACGAAUCAGAUCGGGGAGAACGAAGCAAAGUGUGAGACGUCGAGAGAUCUGUGCAUUGUCAUUGCUGAUGCGAGUCCAACGGGUCUGGGCGCCGUGCUAUUGCAGGAAGACAAGAACGGUUCAAAAAGAAUCAUUUCGUUUGCUAGCAAAGCUUUGACGGAUACUGAAAGAAAAUAUUUCCAGACCGAAAAGGAAGCGCUGGCUCUGGUUUGGGCGGUUGACAGAUUUCAACUUUACCUGCUGGAACGGGCAAAGCCUUGUGCUAGAAUAGAACGAUGGGUUUUGCGUUUGCAGAGCUAUUCCUACGAUGUGCUGUACCAACCGGGGUCCGGUAACCUAGCCGAUGCCCUUUCAAGAAUGUCAGUAGUAAACCCUGUUGAGUUCAGGAGUGCAGAUGAGGCUUGCAUUUACCAGUUGGUUUUGGCAGGAUUUCCAAAAGCUGUUACGAUUCAAGAAGUAGAGGAAGCGGUUCUCAACGAUGAAGUCAUUCAAAGCGUUAUCAAAGGGUUGGAAUCCGGAGAAUGGGUUGAAAAAGCAAAAGAGUACAAACCAUUCAGCUCAGAACUGUGUGUAGUUGCAAAUUUGCUGUUGAGAGGGGACCGGCUGAUAAUUCCGGAAAAGUUAAGAGAUCGCGUGAUUGAAGUAGCUCAUGAAUCACAUCCGGGAAUGGUUACCAUGAAACGAAGACUUCGACAAAAAGUAUGGUGGCCUAAGUUGGACAAACAAGUGGAGAGUUACGUAAAGAAAUGUAAGGCCUGUACGCUUGUAGCUACCUGUGAUCCUCCAGUGCCGAUGGCUCGUACCAAGAUCCCUACGAAACCCUGGGCUGAUCUAGCGGUUGAUUUUGUUGGGCCGUUACCGUCAGCUCAUAAUCUGCUCGUAAUAAUUGAUUAUUUUAGCCGUUUCGCUGAGGUGAUUAUAAUGAAACAAAUCACAGCAAACCUCACUGUAAGGGCCCUACACGAAACGUUUUGUCGAUUUGGAAUGCCGGAAUCUAUCAAAACAGAUAACGGACCACAGUUCAUUAGCUCUGAAUUUCACGAUUUCUGUAAACAAUUCGGCAUCGAUCACGUGAAGACUACUCCCUAUUGGCCACAAGGCAAUGGGGAAGUAGAAAGGCUGAACCGCUCGAUUGGCAAAAGAUUAAAAAUUAGUCAGGAAACAGCAGGAUCAGAUUGGCAGUGGGACCUCAGAACAUUUGUUCUAAUGUAUAAUUCAACGCCUCAUUCGACGACUGGAGUUGCUCCAUCGAGCAUGCUUUUCGGAAGAAAGCUCAAAGAUAAACUGCCGGGAUUAAUAAUAAAGAACGAACAUAUACUUGAGGAAAUCCGAGAUCGUGAUCAUGUUAAAAAGAUGAAGGAGGCGGAGUACAGUGAUGAACGUCGUGGAGCCAAGCCGGAUGAUCUUCAAGAAGGGGAUAAGGUAGUAACGAAACGUAUCCAAAAAGAUAAUAAAUUAUCAACGACAUUCGAUUCGGAGGAGUUCAUCGUCAUCGGUCGAGAAGGUUCUGACGUAACAAUUAAGUCAACGGAAUCGGGACGAAUCAUACAUCGCAAUAUCUCCCAUCUGAAGAAACUCCACACAUGUGAAACUGUACAAAAGGAAACCAACGAAACUAGCGAGGCCGGAAAAAGUCCAGGAACUCAACAGCCCGAGGAUCCAGCACCAACUCCGGAAAGAGUGACCGUAGGAGCUAGUUCGCGACCAAGACGGCAAAUGAAACGGCCAGCACACCUCGAUGAUUAUUCUAUGAGCACAAUAAUUUAA